AUGGCGGCGGGCGGCGCGGGGCCCGGCGCGGGGCUGGCUGCGGGCCGGGCGCUGGUGCGGGUGGAGGGGAGCGUGGGCCGCGCCGCCCGCGUCGGGGACCCCGGGGACCUGGUGGACCUGGCUCGGCAGGUGCAGCAGGCCGAUGAGUUCACCCGAGCCAACGCCUGCAGCAGGCUGAGGGUCAUCGCCGAGCAGAUCCGCUGCUUGCAGGAGCAGGCUCGGAAGGUCUUGGAUGAAGCUGCCAGAGAUGCUGAUCUGCACCACGUGGCCUGCAACCUUGUGAAGAAGCCAGGAAACAUUUACUACAUGUACAGGAGGGAGAGUGGCCAGAGAUACUUCUCCAUCCUGUCUCCUGAGGAAUGGGGAACCAGUCCCCAUGAGUUUCUUGGUGCCUAUAAGCUCCAGCACGACAUGUCCUGGACUCCGUUUGAGGACAUUGAGAGACGAGAUGCUGAAACCAACAUCCUGGACAAGCUGCUGAGCCGCCAGGCAGCACUGCCCCCGUGCACAGAACCCAACUUCCAGGGCCUCACCAAGUGAUAGGAGUGACCACAGGGGACCUCCUGAGCAUAGGACACUCAGGUGCUUCUGUGCUGCCAAGGAAAGAGACCAAGAAUCAAAAAUGCUGCUGCUGUUUGCUCUGUGCUUCAAUGAGACUAAUUCUGCAUUCAGUCUUACUGGAUUUUCUAGUAACUGAGUAAUUGAUGUCUUUGACUCAAGCCAAGGUGUAGUGAGAGGCAGGUAAUAAAAUCAGGUGGAGUCAGUUCCAAGAGGGCUUGGGGCAAAGAAGCCAAAAUGCUUGGGGCAGAUGUGAUAGUCCUAUAAAAUAUGUCCUACCUGUCUG